CUGUGUGUCCCUCUCCUUCCCUCUCUGUCCCUCUCUCUCUUCCUGUGUGUGUCAGUGGAGAAUGGGGAACACUGCGAUUUCACUGUGCUGCGCAACAUGCUGAUCAGGACUCAUAUGCAGGACCUGAAAGACGUCACCAAUAAUGUACACUACGAGAACUAUCGCAGUAAAAAACUGGCUGCCGUCACCUGUAACGGAGUGGACACAACAAAGACCAAGGGACAGCUCACAAAGAGUCCCCUGGCACAGAUGGAGGAGGAGCGUGGGGAUCAUGUCACAAAGAUGAAGAAGAUGGAGGCUGAAAUGGAGCAAGUCUUUGAAAUGAAGGUGAAGGAGAAGAAGCAGAAACUGAAGGACUCGGAGGCUGAGCUGGAAAGACGCCACGAAAUGAUGAAAAGAAACCUGGAGGCACAGUACAAAGAGCUAGAGGAGAAGAGGCGAGUUUACGAGGACGAGAAGGCCAACUGGGAGGCUCAGCAGAGAAUCCUCGAGCAGCAGAAACUCGAUGCCUCCAAGACGAUGGAGAAGAACAAGAAGAAAGGAAAAAUCUUUUGAAGAGGAACAGAAGACGUUUUACAUCAGCUCGAUUUUUCUUCAUCCCCUCUGAAGUUCACAUGUACUGUGGCCCUCCUAACAUACACCCGCAUCAGCACACACGACUCUGAGAUACAUUCAACACGCACCACGUAUGACAUGGACAUCAUUACAAACACACAGAUACAAACAUGCGAAGGCCCACAUGCACAUCUCUCUACAUCUGUUGAAACCUUUUCUUUCCAUGGGGAAUGCAUGUUUUUGUGAAAUUCUAUUUUCCUAUAUUUCCUGACAAAGAGGAGAAGCUCGAGUUCCUCUGAGCUACAGUAUGGCAGGGACCGUGAAAAGCCAUUUGUACACAUGUAGUAGUAAUUGUAUGUUCUCUACAUAGUCAAUAGAUCUGCAGCUAGACGUACUAUCCCUCUCCUCGACGCUCUUUUUUUUUUCGUUCUUUAACUGUUUUACAGAAAUGUAACACAAGUGUACACACAUUAAACACUCGGUCAUUCAGACGUCACUGAGAGUGCAAGAAGAGAAUGGUGAGCGUAUGUGAGUAAAGAGAAUUGAAUCGUGUAACAGUUGAGGAGGCAGAAUUCAGAAGCAAAGCCCCCCCCCCCCCCUCACUCUUAACAAAUGGCACAUUGAACUAAUCUUAUAAAUGCUUUGUGAUGUGCAGCCAGCUAACUGCCGACAUGCUAGCCAGACGGGAUCAUGCGAGCUAUGUAAAGUCAGAGUAGCUUUUCUAACUGCACUUCUUUCUCUGGAUUGCAAACACAUACUUGAUAUUUGGUCAGUAAUAAGUUUGCUAAUGGAACAAUAUUUCUACCCGGCAAACGCCUUAAAUACGAUUAAAAGUUGAGUGUCAUAACUCCUAAAGAGUUCUGACACUACAACAGAGGAGAACAAAGCAGACUAGCUACAAAAAAAAAAAAGCUUCCUCUGAUUUUGACUUGUGUUCCCUGAAUGGCCAGUGUCCUUAAGAUGGCUUGCUCUUACGCAGAAUUGUGUGCUUCAAAGCUAAACAUAAAUAAAAUGAAAGGCUCCUGCAAGAAUAAAAAAAAUCCAUGUAAUAAAAUCUGCCAUUUGAAGUGAUGGUGUGACCGGGCUUUAGAUAAGAUAGUGCCCCAGUGCAGUGGCAGGUGUGGGUUGUAAAUGUAAGAGCAGGUGUUGUUUUAUACAUGCUGUGUUUGAGGUGAAGAUACUGUGUGAUCAGAAACAGACAGGAUUAUGGAAAGAUAGAACUCUUAAGUGUUGUCACAGCAGCCAGAAUUUAACCACUGCAGUGUGUUCCCUAUUUGAAUAUAUGACGAUAUGCAAAAGUGUCUUUGGUGUGUGCAACUUGCAGGUAUCAGUGAUUUACAGAGAUGUUUUUUUUUUUUAUUGUGAUGUAAGUGAUGGAUGUUGUCAUCGAUCUGAACCUUGAUGUCCAGCUUCCUGUGAGAAUAUCCCAGCCAGAGGGGAUUAAUUAUCAAAAAGCUGAAAUGCUCCUUUAACCCUCUGUUCCUGCCAGAAAAGACAACUGUUGGGAAAAGUUUGCCAAUUCAGCCAUAGCUUUGACUCGGACUUCACUUUAGACAUAAAUGCUUCCACACAGAACAACAUAACACCCCUCUGCUCUUCUCAGAAUAUGUGAAGUCCAGAGUCAGAGAGCUGUGACGUGUUCUAACCUUUACUAUACAUUUCCCAGAGAUGUAUGUUUUAUUUUCAUAUGAUUAUAAUGAUAUAAACACUACUUUGUGUAUGGUUAAAGAAUGACUCCUUAUAUCCUGUGUAGUUUUCCUAAAGAACUCCUAGAUUAAUCUGUUAUUUUGGUAUAGCUUUUUAGGUGGCCUGCAUUUGAAGCAAAAUCUUAAAGGGACACACCUGUACUGUCAGCACAUCAAAUAUUACCUGUAUGGAAAUGCAUAUAUUGUGUACAUACUGGAGGCUACUUGGUGGCCUUUUUUUCUCGUUUUGUUUAUUCUCUUUUUGCUCCGAUUAUAUGCCAGGAAAAAGAGAACCUGUUUUGUAAAACAUGUCUUAAGAAUCUACGGAUACAUUUCCACUGAUUGAUACACACGCAUAUAAAACCCUACAUCUAUGCCGAUGAGUACAACUUCUCAGGACCGCUCAGUUGUGCGAUAUUUAAUCUUUGGGUCCAAAGGGAAGUAUUGGUCCUACAAUAAAUUUUAAAAAAAGCAGUGACUGAUUUUUUUUCUUUUAAACUAUUGUGAACCAUUCACCCUCGAAUAACACACACAUAGACAGCAGUUUGGGUGAUUUUUUUUUUUUUUUUGUAAUAGUUUCUUUUUAUAUGUACACUGUUUUCUGCUUCUUUUCUUUGUUUUAUUAUAUGUUCUAUCUCUAACUGUACAUGGUUAAUAUUAAAGUUGACAAGGUUAUGCUAUAA